ACUGACUGAGCCGCCUGUGGAGAACGUCAUAGGCCCCGAACGUCUCUUUGGGCGAAAUGUUUUCUCGUUUAUUCGGGUCCCGGUUGACUCCGAUCGUUCGGCAGCAAUUCCGAUGCAAAAGCAGUGCUACACCGGCUGAACCAUAUUUUCGGAAAUUUGUCCCGCGUCGAGCUUGUCUCUAUGUUCCCGGGAGCGAUGUUGCCAAGAUUGAAAAAGUUCGGAAUCUCGAUGUCGACGCUCUCAUCCUCGACUGUGAAGACGGGGUGGCAGCCACCGCCAAGGACCAAGCGCGGGAUGCUAUCAAGCAGGCUCUCGAUACCAUGGAGUUUGGUCGAGCGGACGUUGGUGUCCGGAUAAACAGCGUCGACUCCGGUAUGGCUGAAGUCGAUUUCGACCACAUCUUCGACUCUAAAAGACUACCGAGCACGGUCUACCUGCCCAAAAUCGAAAGCACCGAGCAUGUGACCUGGCUGGUCGAUCACGUGAACAAGCGUCUUCUCGAGACCGAGGAAGACUCACGGAAGAUCCUCAAUCUCGUGCUGUACAUUGAAUCUGCAAUCGGACUGAUAAACCUGAAAGAAAUUUUGCAACAUGCGGCGGAAUUAUCAGAAAUGAGUCGUGCCGUAAUCGACGCUGUCGUAUUCGGUUCGGACGAUUUCACUGCCAGCAUCGGCGCGCAACGCACGAAAGAUGCUCAAGAGGUUCUAGUCGCGAGACAACAGAUAGUCCUGAUGUGCAAGGCAUUCAAAGUUCAACCGAUCGAUAUGGUUUACAUCGACUACAAAGAUUCUGAGGGCCUCCGGAAGCAAGCUCUAGAGGGUGUUAAAUUGGGAUUCACUGGGAAACAAGUGAUCCACCCGUCUCAAGUUCCAGUCGUGCAAGAAGCUUUCUCUCCACGCAAGGAGAAGAUCGAAUGGGCUAAAGACCUCAUCAAAGAAUUCAAAACCCACGUCGAGAGCGGCAAAGGCGCAUUCAACUUCAGGGGAUCCAUGAUCGACAUGCCGACCGUCUUACAGGCCAAGAACAUCCUUGAGUUCGACUACGUGAUCCGGGGUGAAGAGCUCCCCGACAAGUAUAAAGUUGAUCCUAAUACGGAUGAUGUAGUCAAAGAUGAUUAGGUAGGCACCGAGCGCUCCAGGUGGAGCGGAAUCAAGGGACUGUACAAAAUAGUUAUUGCUUCUUAGGUACGUUGUCAAUCUUCCUGAGAGAAAUAAAGAUGAGCGGAGAAAUGAAUUUCUUCUGAGACCGGA